AUUUUUUUUUCGUGAGUUUUUUUUUGUGAUUUUAAAUAUUUUUGAUGAGUUUUAAUUUUUUAGCGAGUUUCUGUUGUAGGUCACGUGGUGGGUCAGGUGAUAGGUGGAAAAAAGCAUUAUAUAGACGUAAACGCGCAACAUGGCUGCUGCACUGAGAAAUCUCCGCGACAGUUUUAUAAAGGAAUAUUUUCAUAUGGGCUUCAGCUGCAAGGAGAUUUCUAGUUGUUUGCUGUUUGACCGUGGAAUUCAGCUUAGCGAAAGACAGAUUAAAAGAAUUUUAGCAAAGCAAAGCCUCGGAAGACGGCGUUUCAGUGACUUCGAUGACAUAAUCAAAACAAUUGAGGACGAGCUUAAAGGAAGGGGUAGCAUUGUCGGGUACCGAACUAUGUGGCAGAAACUAAUAGUUGACCAUCAACUGUCUGUUAGCAAAGAAUUUGUGAGGAACGCGUUACUCAUAUUAGAUCCGGAUGGCGUGGAGAGACGCUCGAGAAACAGACUUCGACGACGGCAGUAUGCCAAAGGGGCGAACUUUAUUUGGCCCCUGGAUGGUUACGAUAAGCUUAAACCUUACGGAUUUUGUAUACAUGGCUGCAUCGACGGUUACUCGAGAAGAAUCGUGUGGCUAGAAGUUGGACGUACGAAUAACCAUCCGGGUGUCGUAGCAAGUUAUUUUCUUGACAGUGUUGAAAGUGUAGGAGGUACGGCAAGAAUUGUCCGUGGAGAUAUGGGUACUGAGAAUGGCAGAGUAGCUGCUAUUCAGCGCUUUUUACGGGAUGAGGCCGAAGAUAGUUGGUCAGUAUAAAAAAAUUUCCUUUAUGGACGAUCGGUUUCUAAUCAGAGGAUCGAGGCGUGGUGGGGACAAUUAAGAAAGGGCUCAUCUGAGUGGUGGAUACAACAUUUCAAGGAUUUAAGAGACAGGGGUCUUUUUUGUGACGCGGAUGCUGUACACGUAGAGUGUCUAAAGUUUUGUUACAUGGGAGUGCUCCAACGCGAACUUCAAAGUGUAGCAAGACUGUGGAAUAUCCAUCUUAUUCGACCCUCAA